CAAACUAAUAGUUUCUCUAAAUUAUUAUCAAACCAGAACUAAUCAUAUAUGUGAUUGAUUAUAAUUCGUUGUAAUUAAUUCACAAUAUAUGUAUAAUUCCCUCUCGGGUCGGUAUAUGUAUUAUAAUUAAUCAUAAAGCUUUAUGAUUUAUUAUAUUCAUAUAUUUCACCCAUAAAUUAAUUAAAUACCUGUACUGAUUCGCUACAACACACUCCACCACAUGUUACUUUUCGGCGAAACCUACUCUCACUCUCACCCUCCCACCUAUCCUCUUUGGUCUCAUCCACACUUCCUCCCCCUAAACAGUUCUCAUCAUUGGACACUAACAAUGCUACUGACACUCUUUGCACCACGCUAACAUCUUGCUUAGAUGACUUCUGCCCCCGCUCAUCCAGACCAGCCCGCGCCACCCCUUCUGCCCCCUGGCUAUCCGAUGUUCUCUGUGAGCAUCGGUCUAGACUCAGGGCUGCAGAGAGGAAGUGGCGCAAAUCUGAAGAUCCUACUGAUCUUAGCUUCUAUCAGUCACUCCUUUCUUCUUUCUCAACAAAUGUCUCCAAUGCUAAAACCACAUACUAUCACAAUAAAAUUAACAAUUCUACUGAUUCCCGCACACUUUUCAAAACUUUCUCUUAUUUGCCCUCCUCCCCUCCCUCCCACAUCAGUUCUUACAGCUGAUGACUUUGCCACAUUCUUCACACAUAAAAUAACAACCAUCAGCUGCCAAUUCUCCACACCACAUACUGACAAUAACAUCUUAAUGGAAAACACACAAAUUCUCCCCUCCUUUUCUAUGAUCUCUGAGGCAGAUGUUUCCAAACUCAUCCUUUCCAAUCACUCUAUUACCUGUCCGCUUGACCCUAUCCCCACUCAUCUUCUUCAGGCCAUCUCCUCCUCAAUUGUACCUGCACUCACUCACAUUAUCAAUUCUUCUCUUCACACUGGUACAUUUCCCACGGCUUUUAAGCAGGCUAGGAUUACACCACUGCUUAAAAAACCCACUCUGAAUCCAGCACUUUUAGAAAACUACAGACUGGUAUCCCUUCUUCCAUUCAUUGUGAAGAUACUUGAGAGAGUUGUGUUCAACCAACUAUCUACUUAUCUCACACAGAACAACCUCCUUGACAACAACCAUUCUGGCUUUAAGAGUGGCCACUCAACCGAGACUGCCCUGAUCUCAGUUACUGAAGCCCUGAGAUUGGCACAAGCAACUUCAAAAUCAUCGGUACUCAUCUUGCUGGAUCUGUCUGCUGCUUUUGACACAGUCAACCACCAGAUCCUCCUGUCAACCCUCAUGUCGAAGGGCAUCUCAGGAACCGCACUCCAGUGGUUCGAGUCUUAUCUCUCAGAUGAUCCGACGGUUGCUGGUCGCAUCGCAGCCUGCCUGACAGCCAUUUCUGCCUGGAUGAAGGACCACCACCUUCAACUCAACCUUGCUAAAAUGGAACUGCUUGUGGUCGGUGCCAACCCAACACUUCAUCACAACCUUUCCAUUCAACUUGGGUCGUCAACCAUAACUCCUUCCAGGAUGGCCAGGAACCUUGGAGUCGUGAUGGAUGAUUGUUUAAGCUUCACAGAUCAUAUUGCUACAACGGCAGGUUUGCCCUGUACAACAUUAGGAAGAUCAGACCCUUCCUAUUGGAGAUUUCCACACAAAUUCAUGUCCAAGCUCUUGUUCUAUCCAGACUGGACUAUUGUAAUGCUCUCUUGGCAGGCCUUCCAGCAUGCACUGUCAAGCCUCUACAACUGAUCCAGAAUGCUGCAGCAAGACUGGUCUUUAACGAACCGAAGAGAGCGCAUGUCACACCUCUCUUCAUCAGUUUGCAUUGGCUGCCAGUUGCUCGUAUCCAAUUCAAGGCUCUAAUGGUUGCCUACAGAACAUCCACUGGCUCUGCACCUCUAUACCUAAACUCACUACUUCAGACUUACGCGCCCUCCAGAAGCUUGCGUUCUGCAAGUGAACAGCGCCUUGUGGUGCCAUCCCAAAGGGGCACAAAAUCACUCUCAUGGACCUUCUCCUGGUCUGUUCCUGGUUGGUGGAAUGACCUACCAUGAUUUGUUUUGAUUGCUUCUACUAUUCUCAUUUGUAAGUCGCUUUGGAGAAAAGCGUCUGCUAAAUGACUAAAUGUAAAUGUAAAUGCCACAGUUUAAUGGGUAAAUGAAUUUAUUACAAAGAGAAAUUCAACACACGCACACACACUGUCAGGCUUUUAUUUGAAUAUGUAACAUGAAACCUAUGGAAUGUGGAAUGUGUCUAUGGAAUGUGUGGUGGCUGCUUCAUCUGAUGAAGCUUCUUUCACAGGGUUUUGGCUGCUUUAUUUUUUACUAAACACCAGAUGGCGCUGUUUUCAACACUCUCAAAGCUUUUAAUCUCUUCCCGGAACAAUGAGGGGAAAGCCUCAGUGCUUCAUGAGGCUUCAUUACUAAGUGGUAAGAUUACUACUAAGUGGUAAGAUUGAACUACUAACUACUAAGUGGUAAGAUGAAACUAAGUGGUAAGAUUCACUACUAAGUGGUAAGUGGUCACUGCUAAGUGGUAAGUGGUCACUGCUAAGUGGUAAGAUUCACUACUAAGUGGUAAGAUUAAAGGUGCUGUAUGCGAUCUCUCAAAUUCGUUGUUGGAUAUUGUUGAUAUUUGAAAUCAACCCAAACAAACCCACCCCUCUCUUCAUUACUCCACUUCUGCAGUGCAAAGAUGGAUUUUUUGAUUAUUUAUUUUGAUAGGUAACAGUCUGAUUGGGUCUUAUUGCUCUAACUGAAUUUAUUGUUUAACAUUUAAAAACAAAUUUUCAAUUUUAAUUGAAGAAAUUGACAAAAUAUGAUAUUUAUGACGUACAUUAAAUGAGAUUGCGAAAAAAAAAAUUGCUCUUAUAAUGGUAAAAAUGCCUGUGGAAAUUAAUUUAAAAGGGGCAAAUAUUGCUCUGUAAUGGGAAAGUUAAUGUCUGUUAUUGAUCAGAAAGUGCUCCUAAAUUAUUGACUGUGCUCCUAAUUUUUUUUUAUUAGGAGCACAAGUGCUCCUAAAGAAAAAUGUUAGCGUAGAACCCUGAAACUACAAGUUUUAUUUGUCAUACAGAUAUUCAUAGUUGUUGAGGCAUUAUUCUGUUUUGAUUCAGUUGAAAUGUAAAGAUUUAAAUAAUGUUCAUAUACAGUGGCCUCUAAAAGUAUUUAGACACUUAAGCUACAAUGAAACAUUUAUAAAUGUUUUUUCUUUUUUUUGCAUUUGUUUUUCAAUCAAAAAAUGUAAAUAUGAAACUAUAUAUAUUUUAUCUUU